AUGCGGUCUUUCUUUGCAUCCUACCCUUGGGGGCGGGUUUGCUUCUCGCCGGAUGAUCCCAAAGUUGUUGCGGAUUCUGUUGCUGAUGUGUUACUACAGGGUAUAGAACUUUUUAUUCCUUCCUCUGUGGUGCCCAUUGGAGGCAAGUCUCAGCCAUGGUUUGGUCGCUCCUGUAAAAUAGCAUCAUGCUAUAAGCAGGAGUGCUACCAAGCCUGGGCUGAUGCAUCAGCGUCCCGGGAUGUAAACACCAGCGCUCUAAAAAAGAAGUAUAAUUCCGCCUCUAGGUCCUUCAAAAGAGUCAUUGCCAAGGCAAAGUCAGAGCACAUAGGCAGAAUUGGCGAGAAACUAGUUCGCCUUCCUUCUGGAACCCGUGCAUUCUGGUCUCUCGCCAAGGCUGUCCAGGGGAAUUUCUGUCAGCCAUCUCUUCCAUCUCUGCACAGGGAGGACGACUCACUGGCCCAUACCGCAAAGGAGAAAGCCGAUCUUCUAGGCUCUUUCUUUGCGUCUAACUCGACUCUCGAUGACGGGGGGAGUACGCCGCCGACCAUCCCGCGGUGUGAGUGCUCCAUGCCGGAAGUGCACUUCACACAGCGCUCGGUUCGCAAAACACUCCUCUCCCUGGACAUCCACAAGUCGAGUGGGCCUGACGGAAUCACCCCAAUUGUGCUGAGGACGUGUGCUCCAGAGUUGGCACCGGUUUUAACGCGUCUUUUCCGGUACUCCUACUCCCUAGGCGUAGUCCCAAAAUCAUGGAAGACGGCUUACGUCCACCCGAUCCCUAAAAAUGGCGACCGCUCUGACCCGUCCAACUACCGGCCAAUCGCCAUUACCUCAUUGUUCUCCAAAACAAUGGAGUCCAUUGUAAACUGCCAGUUCAUGAGGUACCUUGAAGAUCACGAGCUGAUUAGUGACCGCCAAUACGGUUUUUGCCGUGGUCGGUCAGCUGGUGAUCUUCUGGUCUACCUAACUCACAGAUGGGCGGAGGCAGUAGAGUUCAAGGGGGAGGCAUUGGCCGUUAGUUUGGACAUUGCGAAGGCCUUCGAUCGGGUUUGGCACAAAGCGCUUCUUUCGAAGCUCCCUUCCUAUGGGCUUCCCGAGAAAUUGUGCGAUUGGAUCACCAGCUUUCUUGCAGAUUGGAGCAUCAAGGUCGUUGUAGACGGUGCAAGCUCCGAUUGCAAGCCUAUUAAUGCUGGUGUUUUACAGGGCUGUGUGCUAUCGCCAACGCUGUUUCUUCUGCAUAUCAAUGACAUGUUGCAUACCCGUAACAUUCAUUGCUAUGCAGAUGACAGCACUGGUGAUGCUCUUUACACCGGCCGAGCCAAUAUUUCUCGAGAAAACGUCUCCGAGUGCCGGGACAAACUUGUGUCUGAAGUCGAGUCUCUGCUGGACAGUGUCUCGGAUUGGGGGCGACUAAAUCUAGUCCAGUUUAACCCCCAGAAGACACAAGUUUGCGCGUUAACCGCUAAAAAGAACCCCUUUGUCGUAUCCCCUCAGUUUCAAGGCACUCCCCUUGUUGCCUCAGCCAGUAUCGGAAUCCUCGGCGUCGACAUAUCGAGUGACGUGCAGUUUCCUGGUCACUUGGAAGGGAAGGCCAAAUUGGCCUCUAAAAAGCUUGGCGUGCUCAGCAGAACGGGACAGUAUUUCAUGCCGGCACACCGCCUGCAACUUUACAAGGCGUAG